CAACUUCCUCUCUUCUUCUCGUCGUUGUCAGCUUGAAAAUCCUUUAAUCAAUCAAUACAUAGUCAACAUGCUUGAGGCCCGCCUAGAACAAGCCAACCUGCUGAAGAAGCUCGUCGAUGCUAUCAAGGACCUGGUCCAAGACUGCAACUUCGACUGCAAUGACUCCGGCAUCGCCCUCCAGGCCAUGGACAACUCCCACGUUGCUCUCGUCUCCAUGCUGCUGAGAUCCGAAGCCUUCACCCCCUUCCGAUGCGACCGCAAUAUCGCCCUCGGCAUUAAUCUCGGAUCCCUCACCAAGGUUCUCCGUGCCGCACAGGGCGAGGACAUCUUGACCCUGAAGGCAGAGGACGCGCCUGAUGUCGUCAACCUCGUCUUCGAGAAUGCGAGCAGCGACAGAAUCAGCGAGUACGAUAUCAAGCUCAUGGAUAUCGACCAGGAGCAUCUUGGUAUUCCCGAGACGGAGUAUGCAGCAACAAUCACGAUGCCCGCGGCUGAAUUUCAGCGUAUCUGCAGAGAUCUGAGUGCACUUUCCGAGUCCGUCUCGAUCGAGUGCACAAAGGAGGGUGUCAAAUUUGCCUGCCAGGGUGACAUUGGCUCCGGCUCCGUCCAGCUGAGACAGCACAGCAGCGUAGACAAGCCCAGCGAGAAUGUCGAAAUCGAUCUGACUGAACCCGUCUCCCUUACGUUCUCCUUGAAGUACCUAACGAACUUCUGCAAGGCGAGCGGGUUGUCCGACUCAGUCAAGCUCUGCCUGUCGAGCGAAGUUCCCCUGCUUGUUGAGUACGGUAUCCAGAACAACAGCUAUCUGAGGUUCUACCUCGCCCCCAAGAUCGGUGACGAGGAGUGAUUAUGUAAUGACUUCAUUUGGCAUGAGCGAUAUGUUCUCAAGAAUCAUGUGGGGGAUUAUCGGCGCGGAGUCUUUGAAAUGCAUAAGAAGCGUCUUUGGUUCACUGGUUUGGCGUGUUGGAUUAGCAAAAGACGCGCACUCGGAGGCGCUCCGCGCAUUAGUCGCAAAAGAAAGGGUCCAUCAGCCCCACCCGCCUUUUUCACGUCAUCGCGCGCGGGAACAGAUAAGGAAAUCAACAAAGUACAACAC